CAGCCCGCUCGCCCAGCGUGGCCCCCCAACCCGCGUACGCCCCCCUCCUCGGGUCCGAGGGGGACUCGCGAAGCACCUCGGAGCGGAGGCACGGAACCCGAGACUCGGAGCGACCCAACCUCUCGUCUCGCUGCCCGCCCGCGCCUGGAACCGGGCGCGGAGACCCCUUCGAACUGAGACCGAAUAGAAGAGGACAAGAAGCGGCAGGCGGCGGACGUGGCCGCGAAGCGGCGCGCCGGGGUGCAGAGCACCCGCCGCGGAGCAGGGGGAACCGCGCCUUCCCUCAAACCUCGGCUCGGACCCCGGGCGCCCGCCGCCUCCCCAGCCCCGCUUCGCCCUCGGCUCAGGGCCCGCACCCGUGAUGCCGAGCCGAGCGUCCGGCCCUCCGACCCGCUGAAGAAACAGUAGCAGCUUGCUCGGGGCCGACGGAGACUGUGCGAGCGGAUCGUGCUCGGCGGAGGCUUGGGCGGCGGAGCGCGGGGACUCCGGGGGGCGGGGGGGCGGGGAGGGACUGCUCUGUCCAUGCCCGGGCGCCAGCCACGGCUUUGAAGGGUCUCCUCGCUCGGCCCCUUAGCAGCUCCGCCACGGACUCCAGGAGGCUUCGGGAGACGUCCUGGGGCUUCCCACCCGACCCCGAUCGGACUUAAGAAGGUGAUCGCUCCGCUCUCCCUUCCUCCUUCCCGCCUCCUUCCCCCCCACUUAACUUUUUGUCUCCACUCGCCCGCAGCUCCGUCCCCUCCGCGCAAACCCACCCGCGUCUGUGCCAACUGCCGGGGCAUGGGUCCCCCAGCACGGCUCCUGGAGGCCUCGCGGCACUGCAAGAUGUGAGAGGCCCGGGUCCGGCAGAGCCAGAGCUUCGGGAGAGGAGCUGAUAGCCCCCAGCCUCCACACGCAAGCGAGGUGGCCGUGCGCACUGCGCCCCCGCGGUGCUGAGCGUCCCGGAGCGCCCAACCCUGGGCCGGAACGUUUAGCUGGCCGGAGGCGCGCCGCGGAGAGCAGGCUGUCAUGCCCUAUUGAUCCCCCCGCCCCCCGCCAAGUAUGUUUGGGCUGGACCAAUUCGAGCCCCAGAUCAACAGCAGGAACGCUGGCCAGGGCGAAAGGAACUUUAACGAGGCCGGACUAAGCAUGAAUGCCCACUUCAAGGCCCCGGCUUUCCACGCGGGGGGACCCCCUGGCCCCGUGGACCCUGCCAUGAGCGCGCUGGGCGAGCCCCCGAUCUUGAGCAUGAACAUGGAGCCUUACGGCUUCCACGCGCGUGGUCACUCGGAGUUGCACGCGGGGGGGCUGCAGGCACAGCCGGUGCACGGAUUCUUUGGAGGCCAGCAGCCGCACCACGGCCACCCGGGAGGCCACCACCCCCAUCAACAUCACCCCCACUUUGGGGGCAACUUCGGCGGUCCGGACCCAGGGGCCUCAUGCCUGCACGGGGGUCGCCUACUUGGCUACGGGGGCGCCGCCGCCGGCCUGGGCAGCCAGCCGCCCUUCGCUGAGGGUUAUGACCACAUGGCGGAGAGCCAGGGGCCCGAGAGCUUCGGCCCGCAGAGACCCGGGAACCUCCCGGACUUCCACAGUUCGGGCGCCUCGGGCCAUGCGGUGCCUGCCCCAUGCUUGCCGCUGGACCAGAGCCCUAACCGAGCCGCCUCCUUUCACGGCCUGCCCGCCUCCAGCGGCUCCGAUUCCCACAGUCUGGAGCCCCGAAGGGUGGCGAACCAAGGAGCCGUCGACUCGCUGGAAUACAAUUACCCUGGCGAGGCGCCCUCGGGACAUUUCGACAUGUUUUCGCCCUCCGAUUCCGAAGGGCAGCUGCCUCAUUAUGCGGCGGGUCGCCAGGUUCCCGGGGGCUCCUUCCCCGGUGCCUCGGCCAUGCCCAGAGCUGCAGGCAUGGUGGGCUUGUCCAAAAUGCACGCCCAGCAGCAGCAGCAGCAGCAACAGCAGCAGCAGCAGCAGCAACAGCAGCAGCAGCAGCAGCAGCAGCAACAACAGCAGCAGCAGCAGCAGCAGCAACAGCAGCAGCACGGCGUGUUCUUCGAGAGAUUCGGCGGGGCCCGCAAGAUGCCGGUGGGUUUGGAGCCGGGAGUAGGCUCCAGGCACCCGUUAAUGCAGCCUCCCCAGCAGGCCCCGCCACCCCCUCAGCAGCAGCCCCCGCAGCAGCCGCAGCAGCCUCCGCCGCCGCCGCCGCAGCAGCCGCCGCCACCCGGGCUUCUGGUCCGACAAAAUUCGUGCCCGCCGGCGCUCCCGCGGCCCCAGCAGGGCGAGGCGGGCACGCCCAGCGGCGGCCUGCAGGACGGGGGCCCCAUGCUGCCCAGUCAGCACGCACAGUUCGAGUAUCCCAUCCACCGGCUGGAGAACCGGAGCAUGCACCCUUAUUCGGAGCCUGUGUUCAACAUGCAGCACCCCCCUCCCCAGCAGGCGCCCAACCAGCGGCUACAGCAUUUCGACGCGCCCCCCUAUAUGAACGUGGCCAAGAGGCCGCGCUUUGACUUCCCGGGCAGCGCGGGAGUGGACCGCUGUGCUUCGUGGAACGGCAGCAUGCCCAACGGCGCUUUGGACAACCACCUCUCGCCCUCCGCCUAUUCGGGCCUCCCUGGCGAGUUCACGCCGCCCGUGCCCGACAGCUUUCCCUCAGGGCCACCCCUGCAGCAUCCGGCCCCGGACCACCAGUCCCUGCAGCAGCAGCAACAGCAGCAGCAACAGCAGCAGCAGCAGCAACAGCAGCAGCGCCAAAACGCGGCCCUCAUGAUUAAGCAGAUGGCGUCGCGGAAUCAGCAGCAGCGGCUGCGCCAGCCGAACCUGGCUCAGCUAGGCCACCCCGGGGACGUGGGCCAGGGCGGCCUGGUACACAGUGGCCCGGUGGGCGGCUUGGCCCAGCCGAACUUUGAGCGCGAAAGCGCGGGCGCGGGGCGCCUGGGCACUUUCGAGCAGCAGGCGCCUCACUUGGCGCAGGAGAGCGCGUGGUUCCCAGGUCCGCACCCGCCGCCGGGUGACCUGCUGCCCCGCAGGCUGGGCGGCUCUGGCCUGCCGGCUGACUGCGGCCCGCACGACCCCGGCCUGGCGCCGCCCCCUCCCCCCGGCGGCUCCGGAGUGCUGUUCCGUGGCCCUCUGCAGGAGCCGCUGAGGAUGCCCGGAGAGGGCCACGUGCCCGCGCUGCCCUCCCCCGGCCUGCAGUUCGGAGGCAGCCUGGCCGGCCUGGGCCAACUGCAGUCGCCCGGGGCUGGGGUGGGACUGCCCAGCGCUCCCUCCGAGCGCAGGCCCCCGCCGCCGGAUUUCACAGCACCGGCGCUCGGGGGCCAGCCUGGCUUCCCGUUCAGCGCGGCGAACCGGCAGGCCACGCCACACAGCGGCCCGGGCGUGAACUCGCCCCCGAGCGCGGGCGGGGGCGGGGGAGGCACGGGCGGCGGCAGCGGAGGGGGCGCCUACCCGCCGCAGCCCGAUUUCCAGCCCAGCCAGCGCACCUCGGCCAGUAAGCUGGGCGCGCUGUCGCUGGGCUCCUUCAACAAGCCCAGCUCCAAGGACAACCUGUUCGGCCAGAGCUGCCUGGCCGCACUCUCCACCGCCUGCCAGAACAUGAUCGCCAGCCUCGGGGCCCCCAACCUCAACGUGACCUUCAACAAGAAGAACCCGCCCGAGGGCAAGAGGAAACUGAGCCAGAACGAGACCGACGGCGCGGCUGUGGCCGGCAACCCGGGCUCGGAUUACUUCCCGGGGGGGACCACCCCUGGGGCCCCAGGGCCUGGAGGCCCGUCGGGGACUAGUAACGGUGGCUCCAAAGCCUCGGGGCCGCCCAACCCGCCCGCCCAGGGGGACGGCACGAGCCUCUCCCCGAACUACACCCUGGAAUCAACAUCCGGGAACGACGGCAAGCCGGUCCCCGGGGGCGGCGGCCGGGGACGGGGUCGAAGAAAAAGGGACAGUGGUCACGUGAGCCCGGGGACCUUCUUCGACAAGUACUCGGCCGCGCCAGACAGCGGGGGCGCGCCAGGGGUGAGCCCAGGGCAGCAGCAGGCGCCAGGCGCAGCCGUCGGGGGAAGCUCCACGAGCGAGGCUCGCGGGGCUCCUACGCCUCACGAGAAAGCGCUCACGUCGCCGUCGUGGGGGAAGGGGGCCGAGUUGCUCCUGGGGGACCAGUCGGACCUCAUGGCUUCCCUGGACGGCGGGGCCAAGUCGGACGGGAGUUCCCCGCACGUGGGCGAGUUUGCCUCGGACGAGGUGAGCACGAGCUACGCCAACGAGGACGAGGUGUCGUCCAGCUCCGACAACCCCCCAGCCCUGGCCAAAGCGAGUAGGAGCCCCCUGGUGACAGGCUCGCCCAAACUCCCUCCCCGUGGGGUGGGCGCUGGGGAACACGGACCUAAGGCGCCCCCGCCCCCGCUCGGCCUGGGCAUCAUGUCUACCUCUACCUCCACCCCUGACAGCUACGGCGGGGGCGCGGGCCAUCCCGGCACGCCGGGCCUGGAGCAGGUCCGGACCCCCACGAGCAGCAGCGGUGCGCCACCCCCCGACGAGAUCCACCCCCUGGAGAUCCUCCAGGCCCAGAUCCAGCUACAGAGGCAGCAGUUCAGCAUCUCUGAGGACCAGCCCCUGGGGCUCAAGGGUGGCAAGAAGGGGGAGUGCGCCGUUGGGUCCUCGGGCGCGCAGAAUGGCGACAGCGAGCUGGGCAGCUGCUGCUCCGAGGCGGUCAAGAGCGCCAUGAGCACCAUCGACCUGGACUCCCUGAUGGCAGAGCACAGCGCCACCUGGUACAUGCCCGCUGACAAGGCCUUGGCGGACGGCGCGGACGACGACAAGACGCUGGCACCUUGGGAGAAGGCCAAACCCCAGAACCCCAACAGCAAAGAAGCCCAUGACCUCCCUGCAAAUAAGGCCUCAGCCACCCAGCCGGGCAACCACUUGCAGUGCCUGUCUGUCCACUGCACAGACGACGUGGGUGACACCAAGGCCCGAGCCUCCGUGCCCACCUGGCGGUCUCUGCACUCCGACAUUUCCAACAGAUUCGGGACGUUCGUGGCCGCCCUGACUUGAAUUGACAAGAAAUGCCC